GAGACCGAACGGUUUAUCUAAACCGGGACCGGUUCAACCGGUUUACUGAUUUUUAGGUUUUAUUAAGGAAAAGUAGAAGUAGAAUGAAAUAAAAUUAAUUAAUUAAUAAUAAAAUCAAAAGAUGACUUUUUUUUGUUUUGCUUUGUUGGGUCUCACACUACUCACUCUCUUGAUCAGUGUGUGUGUGUGUGUUUGUGUGUUUGAGAGAGAAGAAGAAGAAGAAGAAGAAGAAGAAGAAAUGGGGAAUGUGGUUGUGAUCAUCCUCUGGUUGAUGUUGUUCUUGGUGGCGACAUCGACAUGGACAUGGUCUUAUGAGAUGAUAGAUGUGAAGGAGGAUGGACCAGAGGAUGUGGUGUGGGUGGUUCAGCUCUCUGAUCUCCAUUUCAGCCUUCAUCAUCCCGACAGAGCUCGUGAUUUCAAGGACUUUGUCGGCCCUUCUCUUUCCAUGAUCAAUCCUUCACUCGUUCUCAUCACUGGAGAUCUCACAGAUGCUAAAAGCAAGGAUUUGUCGACAAUGAACCAAGAUGAGGCUGAGUGGCUGGAGUACCAGAAAGUAAUGGAAGAUGUUAUUAAAAGAAGUGGACUUAACAAGAACAUCUUCUAUGAUCUAAGAGGGAAUCACGAUAAUUUCGGUGUACCAAUCAUUGGUGGCUCAUUUGAUUUCUUUUCCAAGUAUAGCAUCAAUGCACUGUUGGGGAGAAGUGGGCAAGUCAAUAGUGUCGUUGUUCAGACUGCUAUCAGGAAAAUUCUCUUUGUUGGGUUUGACAGCACGAUGUCAGCGGGCAUUAGAGGCCCAACUAAUCUCUUUGGGCAUCCAACUGACCAACUAUUAUCUGAAAUAGAUUCUGAACUCUCACAAUGGAAUUCUCAUUCCACAGAAUCAGUAACCAAGAUUUCCUUUGGGCAUUUCCCGCUUUCAUUUUCGGCAGCCUCGGAUUCUGGGAAGACCCUGAAGGAUAUUUUUCUCAAGCAUUCCCUAUCAACUUAUCUAUGUGGACAUCUCCAUACAAGGUUUGGUAAGAAUUUGAAACGCCAUCAUCACUCGAGUGAUAAUCUCUUGAUCUCCCAAAGGUUUUUCCAGUUGAAUGCACAGCAAACACUUGCAAGUACAGAAAAUUGUUCAAAUGGAUCCCCAGCAGACAAAGAAUUCUGGGAGUGGGAAAUGGGUGACUGGAGGAGGAGUAGAGCCAUGCGCAUCUUGGCUAUUGACAGAGGUCUUGUGUCAUUUGUUGACAUUGAUUUCAAGUUGGGAACUAAAAAAACUAUCAUAUUACCCACAUUUCCUCUAGACUCGCGCUUUAUGUUGACAAUGUCAUCAGCUAAUCAGUAUAAAUGUCAGUUUGUAAACCCUUCAUCUUAUGUGAACAUCAGAGCUCUAAUUUUUUCUGUUUCCCCGAUUGUAUCUGUUAUGGCUAGGGUCUAUGACUCAAGACCUGGACAUCUCCUUAUGGUCCUAGAGUCAUCCAUGAGAAAACAUGCGGGUACCUACUCCAGGGGUGAUCUGUAUACGACCCCUUGGAAUUAUAAAGCUUUUGAGGAUUCAUCCCCUUAUAGAUUUUGGCUGCAAAUAGAGGCUACAGACGUCAUGGGCAGAUCAACUUUGACUGAAUUGAGGCCAUUCUCAAUAAAUGGUCUAAGCGCUAAGCUUUCGUGGACAUGGAAAGAGUUUCUAGCGAUGGGCUGUCAAUGGGCUGCUUUAUAUUACCCAAUUCUCUGGUCCAUUUAUUUGUUUAUGUUCUCCAUCCUUAUUAUUCCUAAAACUAUUCUUCAUUUUUCAAAGAAGCAUUACAAUUAUAAGAACUUCAAUGCCAAUAAAGGCUUUAUAAAUGGUAUGGCAUGGGUUUUGACAGAGCUGUAUGGACUUCCACUGUUAUGGUUGGGUAUGUUAGUUUACUUAUUUUACCUUUUGUUAUUUCCUUGGUUUUAUGGGCUUGUCUUCACUGAUGGUGGAGAAAGGGGAUAUAUGACCUAUAAAGGUUGGGUGGUGAAAUUCAACAAGGCAGGAAAACUGGAAUUUAUUGGGUUUCCAGAUAUAAUGGUGAUUGUUCUUCCACAUCUUUUAUUCGUCGUGUUGCCCACGAUUUUGGUGACUGGGGCAUUGACUGCCGAAAGAGGGAUGUAUCGAGAGCAUUUUUUUUCGCUUUCAGGCAAGAAGGAAGAUGAUGAUGUAUUGGAAAAUGAGGGACAUCAAAGGCAUGAUUCCUGCAGGAAUGGUAAAUCAAAGUUCUGUCUUGGCAAGCGUUGGAUUAGGAAUAUUCUCCUGGCGGUUUCUUUAGCAAUUUGUUGGAUGCAUUUUAAGAAUAGCAGAGCUCUGAUGAAAGCUUAUGAGAUGAAUCCAUUUCUUCAUUUCCCAGUAUAUGGCCUAUCAAUGCCCCUCUUGUUGGCUUAUGUCAUCUACAAAACCAGCAGGGUGUGAUGAACAUUGCUGAAAGCAAGCCUUCACUCCUCUCAAUCAAAUUCCCGUACACAUCUAGUUUACUAUACAGUAUACUUACAAGUGUUUUGUCAGCAAAGCAAGGCAAUAAUAUAUUGAAGCCUCAUGUUUCUGUUUUAUUGUUGCAAAUUGUGUAGUUAACUAUAUUGAAUGACCAUGGAGGAUGAUUGCUGCAUUUAUAUAGGGAGGUGUAGGAGCGUAGUUAGAAGCUGAUGAAGAACGAGGAGAAUAAAAUGAUAAAAAGAAAUAUUAUCUCAUACAUAGUUUGGCCAUAUAGCUCAUCUGACGCGGGAUGGACAGAAUGAAUGUUUCUGCUGAUUAUAUUGCCCUUUCUACUGAAAUUUGUUAAACUACUACUUUUA